AUGACGCGCAGGAAGCAGGAUCCGCAAAGACGGCGGGCGUUGAAGCAACGCGCCGGCCCAUCCAGGGGGCCUUCGGAAUCAGCAACUACCGGAGUAGAAUUCAUAGACAAACUACUGGUUGAUAAGCUGCCCAUUCCCAAGGAGCCGAAGGUGGCCGUUGGCGAAAUCGUGGUGCAGGCGUUACAGCUGCGAAUAGAUGGUAACCCGCUGGAGCCCCGGAGACUGGCGCUGUACAUGAGUGCGAGGAUGAACGCGUCGGGUAGCAUGCUCAACCCUAACGCGUAUACGAUGCUCGCUGAUACCAUUUGGAUGAGCGCGAAGUACAAAGGGAGACGCGUGGGGAACACAAAGGUUCACAAUGUGCAGGUGAAGGGGCACACAACCGCGCCAUUUGCUGUACCCAUGAGAAUUGUUGACUUCCCCAUCGUGUCUGGCAAAAGCUAUAGUACACUCAUGGCUGUCAUGAGUCGGAAACUACCCAUAGAUGUGCUAAUAUCAACACUUGCCCGAAUUCGUUACAACGGAGUGACCUCACCGCAAGUCAAGGCAUAUGUGAGAUGCAAGGCCAUUGUGAACCCCCUCACCAUCCAUGUAAUUUCCCAAGUAUCUCAAGGCGGGAAGUGCGAUUUGAAUGCAGGCUCAUGGGUGCGCAAUCCGUCUCUCCCCAAGCGCUACACGGGGUUGACGUGCAAGAGCAUCCGGUCGAGCCUCAACUGCCAGAAGAACGGCCGCAAGGACACGGCGUAUCUCAACUACGAAUGGAAGAGUCCCGGUUGCAACAUCCAGAGAUUCGACCCCAAGGCGUUCCUGUCGCUGAUGCGCAACAAGGUGUUUCUGGGCGUGGGCGACUCGUUCAACCCCAACCUGCAGCACUCCGUGCGUUGCCUCGUCGAGAGCGUCGCGCCCACCAAGGACGUGAACGGCGCGCUCUUCAAGACCGGCCUCUCCGCGCAGGGCUACGUCGUGCCGCAAUACAACGCCACGUUCCUCACUAUUGCGUCCAGCUUCCUCGUCGACGCAACCCCCGUGGGAUCAGUGUCCAGCAGCAGUCCGUGGAAGGUGAAUCUGGACGUACCCAGCAAGGAGUGGACUCCGUUUCUGCGCCACUCGCACUACGUGGUGUUCUCGGCUGGCCACUGGUUCACCAAUUCUGGGAACCUGCGGCAGUGGUUUGUGAAGAAGCAGCCGCAGAAGGGCAUGACGUCAUCAGCAGCAAUGACAGCUGCAUACACGACAAUGCGCAACUACAUCUCGAGCUCCGGGUACAAGGGCAUGCCCAUGGUGCUCACAUACACGGCGUCGCACUACGACUCGGCGUUUGCUGCCACGGAUUCGGUGAAGGAGUGCAGUGGGGCCAAGGGGCCCAUGACCUCCAAGCAGAUGGCGUUUGCUUCCAAAAAAUCGGAUGCACUCGAAGGGAGGACUGCGGUGGUCAAGGUGUUUCAAGGAAACCCGACCUUCAAGGUUCUUGACGUGAGCAAGGCCAGCUUGAUGAGACCCGAUGCACACAUGGCGCAGUUCAGGGCAGGGACGUCGGAUGAUGACUGCUCACAUUUCUGUGUUCCCGGUGUCCCUGACACAUGCUGGGUGCGCAAUCCCUUUGUGAAGCGCUACACGGGCUUCAGCUGCCAGAGCAUUCGCUCGCAACUCAACUGCGACCGCAAAGGGCGCUCCGACUCGGAGUAUCUUAACUACGAGUGGAAAAGCCCCGGAUGUAACAUCAAGAGGUUCGAUACCGGAGCCUUUCUCAACACCGUGCGCAACCGAGUCUUCAUGUCGGCCGGUGACUCGUACGCCACUAACCUCUAUCACGCCCUGCGCUGCCUCAUUGAGACCAAAACGCAGGUCAAGGACUACAGCACGAGCUCCGCAUUCGGGACAGGAGUGAAGGCGUCCGGAUUCAGCGUACCGUCACACAACUUCCUCUUCCUCCGCCUGUCCACUAACUUCCUCGUCGAUUCUGAGCCUCAGGGCUCAGCAUCCAGCAAGGGCACGUGGAAGGUGUACCUGUGGAAGGCAGACUCCAACUGGGCGAAGCUCAUUCCUCAUGUCAACUACGUGCUCUUCGCUACAGGCCACUGGUUCACCAAUGCCCCUUCCAAUACUCGCGACUAUCGCGAUUACCAUGGAAACCAGAUUGGCAUCAAUUCAAUGAGGGCCAUGCGCAGAGCGAUGAAGACCGUGCGUGAGACGGUGCAAUCCGCCAAUUUCCGCGGCAUGCCCAUGUUCCUCUCGUACACUGCAACGCACUACCAGAAGUCGUUUCCCCCGCAAGAUUUCAUGAAUGAUUGCAUGGGUGCUAAAUCGCCUGUGGGAGAUAACGUGGUGGCGUAUGCGGAAAAGAAUACCUUCUUCAUGCAGGCACGAAACCAGCUGCGCCGGGUGAUGAGAAACUCAAGGUUCAAAAUCAUAGACGUCACCAGGGCUACACUGUACCGUCCGGAUGCUCACUUGCAGAAGUACGGGGAGGAGUCAGAGGAUUGCUCUCAUUGGUGCGUUCCGGGAGUGCCCGACUCGUGGGCUGACAUUGUGUUUUCCUAUGUGACCGGCUCACUAUCGUGA